AUGUACAAUGCUUUUUGGAACCAUCUGAAGGAACAACUAUUGAGUACUCCUCCUGACUUCACCUGUGCUCUUGAACUUCUAAAAGAUGUUAAGGAGAACCGCCUAAGAAAUGAGAUAGAAGAAGCUCUGGACACAGAUCUCCUCAAGCAGGAAGCAGAACAUGGGGCCCUGGAUGUCCCUCAUCUUUCUAACUACAUUCUCAAUUUGAUGACUCUGCUAUGUGCACCAGUUCGAGAUGAAGCGAUACAGAAACUAGAGGCCAUAACAGAUCCAGUGCAGUUACUGAGGGGCAUCUUCCGUGUUCUGGGCCUAAAAAUGGACAUGGUGAACUAUACCAUCCAGAGCUUUCGACCUUACCUGCAGGAGCAUUCCAUCCAGUAUGAACAAGCUAAAUUCCAGGAACUCCUUGAUAAACAGCCCAGUCUCCUCGAUUAUACCACAAAAUGGCUAACCAAAGCAGCCACAGACAUCACUACACCAUGUCCGAGUUCUCCUGACUCACCUAGCUCCUCUCGCAGCGUGGCGUGUUCACUUCCAAACGGGGCAGGUAACAACUCAGAGCCCCCGAGUCCAACAAUGGUGCUAUACCAAGGCUACCUGAACCUCCUCCUCUGGGAUCCUGAGAACGAAGAAUUCCCUGAGACUCUGCUGAUGGACAGAACCCGGCUCCAGGAAAUGGCGUUCCAGUUGCACCAGUUAACUGUCCUGGCCUCAGUCUUGCUAGUGGCCAGAAGCUUCUCUGGUGAAAUUUUAUUCAGCUCACCUGAAUUUGUGGAUAGACUGAAAUGCAUCACCAAGGCCCUAACUGAGGAAUUUAUCUCCAGGCCUGAAGAGACUAUGCUGAGUGUGAGUGAACAGGUGUCUCAGGAAAUCCAUCAAGGCCUUGAGGACAUGGGCCUCACUACUCUGAGCAGUGAAAACACAGCAUCUCUUCUAGGCCAACUCCAGAACAUCACCAAGAAAGAAAACUGCAUUCGGAGCAUUGUUGAUCAGCGGAUCCGUUUGUUUCUCAAAUGCUGUUUGCUUCAUGGCAUGCAGGAGUCUCUGCUACACUUUCCUGGAGGCCUCAUUCUCAUCGAAAGGGAGUUGGCAGAACUGGGCUGGAAGUUUCUCAAUCUGAUGCAUCAUAAUCAGCAGGUAUUUGGCCCAUACUAUGCUGAGAUCCUAAAAAACAUCAUCCAUCCAGCUCAAGCACAAGAAACAGUUGUGGAGCAUAACUGAUAGUGCUGGACCCCAGCCAUGGCAACAGGGAUCCAGGAGAGAGAGGUCAGCAUGUUUCUGGGAGGACAUCACCUGUGGUUAGUCGAACACUCAGCCCUCUUCCUUGCUACAACCAGGACACAGGGAUGCAGGGGUCAAGCAUGUAAACACCAAAUGGCCCAAUCCCCUUCACUAAUAAACUUCUGAGCUGCAAGAAAA